GAGGGGGGGCUGCAUUGCGGGGGGAGCGGCCGCCAGACAGUCCCUGAAGCGGGAGCGGGAGCGGGAAGACAAAGCCGGCAGAGCCCCCGCCGCCUUCCUCUGCAGCCAGAGCAGGGACCGAGCCUGGGGUCCUCCCUCCAUCUUUGGAACACACUGGUCACCCCCUGAUCACAGGAAGGUAUGAGGGACCCCGUGAGCAGCCAGUACAGCUCCUUUCUUUUCUGGAGGAUGCCCAUUCCCGAACUGGAUCUGUCGGAGCUCGAAAGCCUGGGUCUAUCAGAUACAUCCAUCUACAAGGUCAAGGACAGCAGCCUUGGCAAAAUGACCGGGCAAGCGGCAGGAACAGAGCCGGAGAAACACCCUGAAGGCGAUGCCCUCCUUCAGUACAGCACCUUCAACUUCUGGAGGGCCCCCAUCGCCAGCAUCCACUCCUUCGAACUGGACUCGCUCUGAGCCCAAGCCUUCUCUCCCACCAUGCCUGCAUGGUCUCCCCCUUCCAGCCCCUUCCUCCCCAUCCUUUCCCCUAUCAAUCUUGCUUUCUUCCCUCUAUUGUGUUGAGGUGGUGCUGAUGAAUUUGCCAGAGUUGUGUCUUAUUUAUUUAUUUAUUUAUGUAUUUAUUUAUUGUGUCAGUUUCUCUCAAAAGCCCUCAAGUCACAAAGUAAAGGGUUCAGCAAUGGAGUAGUUACGUCCUACCUCCCCCUCUUCCAUAUUAAUUCCAGAAAACAGGCCUGGUGGGGGCACCAGAGAGGAGUAGUGUAAAGUGGAAGGGUUGAUUUUCUUACGCUUGAGAUUGUUCAGAUUUUCCUAAUUCCUUGCUCCAGGCCAGCAAACACAAAUAUUUCUUCAAGGGCGGAAGAGUACCUUGUCCAUUUUGACAUUAUCUACUACAAGACAGUAGGAUUUCUAAAAGGCUAAGGUGAUAAGACGCUUGCUAUUUGGCUUCUGCUCCUUUUUGUAAUAAGUUCUUCUCAGAGAAAUUGGGGAUAAAGGUAUAAGAGGAAUACUAUAUCUUGGAAAAUGAAAAUAGGGGGAAGCCCUGAAUCGUUUCAGAAAUAGCUACACACUCUCUCGAAAGGGAGUUUCUUUUUUCAAGCCCACUUCCUUUACUAUUUUGUUCCUAACCGCAGGUUGAAAACUUGAGGAAAGUCACUCAACUUCAAAUCUUAAAAUGCCAUCUUGCUGACCCUUAUGAUAACUGGUAAGGUUUUGAUUCUGUUUCUAAAAGGCAUUGGGUCGGUCCUUAAUGUAGACUUGCCCUCUGCACUGGCCAUGUACACUGAUCAAUGGGCCUCAGGCACAGUCCUUCAGCUGCCUUAAGGCCACGAAACGAGCAACCCCAUGCUAACCCCACAGCCUGUUCCCACUCCUGUCCAAAGUGUUUGCUGCUGGUUUGUGCUGCAUUGACUCAUUUCUUUAAUAAAGACAUUCAACCCCA